AUGGCGUCAGGCAGCUCAGGUGAACGCGUGGAAAACGCGUCUGAUGCCGAUUUCGCAAAGGCAUUACAAGAGCUGUCCAAAGGCGAACGAACAGCGGCAGCGCUUGAGAGCCAGCUGACACGGAUGGAAGCGAAGAUUGACGAGCUGCUUGCACAGGCGGAGCAGGAACAACAGGAGGUGAAAAGCACUGAUCAGUCUGCAUCGAAUUCCGGCGCAGAGGGUUCUCAAUGA